GUACAAGAUGGCGGUUUUCGGGUCGACGCUACGCGUGCGUAAUGAUUUCAGGGUCGACGAGAGCGGCCGUUGGAGUAUGAUUUUUGGUAUAUCCGUAUUAAACGUGGUCGAGUGUCUUCGGUGAAGGUUUAAUCGAUGAUAAACAUCAAUCGAACGUUAUAGCGGAUGGCCCACGGUGGCCGAAUGAUUGCGCUUGUAACCAAAUAUGCACGAGAGGCGAUUGGAAAUCGAUCACAGCUGCGUAAUCCGCGAGACGUCACUAACUAUCCCCAAUCAUCCACCUGCUUUUCCUCCAGCUAAUACCAUUCUAGUAUGUGAACACCGGGACUCUCAGCUGUCAAUCGGGUUAUGAUAACACGGAAUAACGCGGGCUCAGACUCACGCUGAGCCGACCUAACGACCCCAUCGCCAUGUCUGUCAAUGAGCCACCCUCGGCCGAUGACAACUUCGUCGUCGCCCCCGUAAUCAACAGCAUUCCCAUACCGACUCAACCGACAACCAGAGGUGGCCUCAGAGUUUACAAAAUUGUUGUACUGGGAGAUGGCGGCGUUGGGAAAUCAGCUGUUACUCUGCAGUUUGUCAGCCACAGUUUCCUCGACUAUCACGAUCCCACCAUAGAGGAUUCGUAUCAGCAGCAAGCAGUCAUUGACGGGGAAGCCGCUCUGCUGGAUAUCCUGGACACAGCUGGGCAGGUUGAAUUCACCGCUAUGAGAGAUCAGUAUAUGAGGUGCGGCGAAGGUUUUAUGAUCUGCUACUCGGUUACAGACCGACACAGCUUUCAAGAGGCAAUCGAGUAUCGUAAACUAAUCUCCCGUGUUAGAGCCCAGGAAGACAUUCCUCUGGUACUGGUUGGGAAUAAAUUCGACCUGCAGCACCAGCGCAAAGUGACUACUGAGGAGGGCAAAACACUUGCCAGGCAGUUGGGAUGUCCUUUCUAUGAGACAUCUGCAGCUCUUAGACACUUUGUGGAUGACGCUUUUCACUCUUUAGUUAGACAAAUUCGUGCUAAAGAAAGGCCACAGGGAGCGAGUCGGAAGCACAGUCGGUGGUGGCGUCUCAGGUCUAUAUUUGCUUUUGUAUUUCGCAGAAGACAUCGACAGGCUGAUCACUAUUCACCCUAGUAACAGCAUCUCUCAGUCGAAAUUCGUGGUACUUUCUCCACUGAGAUGAUGAUAAGGGGAACAAUACUUAUUUGCGAAUUGAAUAUAAACGACUGUCCAAAGUGGUUUGAUAAUCAUAUUCAGGUCUUUGGCAAAGUAUUUUUCAAUAGGUAAUGUCAAUAUACACGACAUAAUUGAUGUGUUUUUCCUCUUCGAACAGAGAGACAUAUUCAUGUGUAAAGGUAGUUUUCAACUCUAGUCAUGUGCAGAAUAUUACCAUUCACUAGUCAUUGGGUUGAAGAUUUUUUUUUUUUAAUUUUGUUCUAAUUAUUGUUUCUUAAAUACAAAAAUUUAAUACAAUACAUAUACACUAUACCUGUAUGCAUACAUAUAUUUAUUAACUUCGUUUACACACGUAUGUUCAAUUACAUUAAAUUCACAGUUUAUUGUUAUAGGUGUAUGUACAAAUAAUAGCAGAGUAAAUAUUAUUAAUCAUCGAAUUGGAAUAUAUCUCGUAUUGAAUACCUGUGCAUGAUUAUUGUAUUCGUAAUUUCUCUAACACAGCGUAGUGGAUAUAUGUUUAAUCUGCACAGUUUAUUACUUGUAGGAAUUACGCAAGAUAAAUAACUAAAAGCUUAAUUUACCUAUCAAUAUGAAGAAGCAAUCAGACCCUUGAAUCGUCACCUGACAAUAAUCAAAGUGAAUAAAUUAAGCAUUACAGUAGAGACGAGUCUCUUAUAGUUUUCAUAUA